UCAGAAAAAAUGGCGAUUUCCUAAGAAGACAGACGCUUUACCUUUACACAACACAGACAAAAUUUUAACACUAAAAUACUGUUCUACCGCAAUUAAACAAAAUAUGCGCGCUGAACUUGGACCAAACACUUGCCGCGUGUGCUUAGAGCCUAGUCAGCGCUUACAACGGAUUGAUGAAUCUCGCGAGGAGGGUGAGGAGACCCCUAAUGAAAUGCUUAUACAGCUGCUGGGCAUUUCAUUCAGUAAGCUAAAUGGCAAAGAGCAGAUUCCUGAUGGAAUUUGCAAGCCUUGCAAGGUGGAGCUCAACAUGGCUUUCCAGUUUCGCGAGAAGGCACUGCGCAAGCAAGCCGAAAUCGAAGAAUAUUGUCGUGAGCUGGGCCUCUUGGACGAAGCCGAAGAUUACAUUGUCAAGGAAGAGUUUGGGGCACAACAUCACCCACAAGUUGAAGAUGACGAAAUGAAUGAUUUUGUGAUGAACGAUAACCAAAGUCCGGGCGAGGCUGAUGUUGAUGAUAAUGUUCAGAGCGAUGAAUUCUUAGAAGUCGAUGGCUCCCAUGAGCAGCAGGAAGUCAUAACGGAUGACAUUGAGUAUUUGGAGGACAACUAUACCAUAGAAAUGAAUCCCGAGCACGACGAAGUGGUACUUGAAACUAAAUAUGAUGACACGGUAACACAUAGUGACAUUAAAAUGAGGCGUGGUCGCACACGUCUUGGCAUGAAUAUAGUAAAGUCCGAGCAUGAAGAAUUACAGCAUUCGUAUGGCAUAUCAGCUGGAUUAGUUGAUAUAAAACCUAGACGUGGAAGGGCCCGGCCAGGCCUCAAUUCGCUGCGCACUUCGGAUGGCACGGAAAAGGGCGGCUACGUCUGCGAUGUUUGUGGAAAUUUCUAUGAGAAGCGCGGUCGCAUGAUGGAGCAUCGUCGACGUCACGACGCUGUUUGUCAAUACCAGUGCGAACUGUGCGAUGCCAAGUUCCAGGUCCGCGAACAGCUGCGCAAACACAUGUACUCCCACACAGGUAGCAAACCAUUCAAGUGCAGUUUCUGCAGUCGUCAGUUCUUCUACGAGAGCGUGCUAAAAUCUCACGAAAACGUGCAUCGCGGCAUCAAGCCAUAUGUGUGCAAGGUAUGCGACAAGGCUUUUGCCUACGCACAUUCUCUGACUAAGCACGAGCUGAUACACUCGGACAUCAAGCUGUACCGCUGCGAUUACUGCCAAAAGGAUUUCCGCCUGCUUCAUCACAUGCGCCAGCACGAGGAGACCAAAUGUCAUCAGAAUGCAGUUAUGCUAGCCGAAACAUUAAAGUAUGAUCGUGAGGAGCAGGACGUCGAGCUGCUGGCUGUGGACGAGCUAAAGGAUGUAAAGCUGCGACUAUCGCAGCAACAUUUGCUUUCUUAGAUACAUUUGCAUUAUUAACAAUGGACACCACAGCGUAUUGGAGGUCUGUGUUUUAUUUUUAAGUAGGUUCUAAAUUUAAUCCCAUAUUAAAAUGAUUU